UACACCAUUUAAGAAUAAAAAAAUUUUUCAAGAUGAUUACUGACAAAGAUGAAGAAUCAUUGUUAAUUUUAAAAAAAAACUUUGAAAGAAGUGAAAAAGAGUUGCUUAAAAAAGAAAAAGAUAGUCUGAGUAAAAUUUUAAAAUGCAAAGAAGAAGAACUUAGGAAACUUAGAUUAUUAAAAUCAUACAAAGCGAAGAAUGAUCUUACUCAUCUGGAAGAGUUGAUUACAAAAUGGCGUUCAGUGGCUGUCAUGACCAUUGAAGAACUUCAUACAAAAAAUAAUAACAUGUCUGAAAAAAUAACCAUGACCCAGUUCCUUAACAUGCUACAAAUAGAUCCAUUAUUUAUUCACUAUGAUGCAGAAAGUGAAUCUUUUAAAUAACAUGUUCUUUUGUUUCAAACUAAACGUUUCAAAUUAUAUUUUUAAAUAUUUAUCUUAAAUUGAA